GAAGGGAGGGAGCGGGGGGAGGACCGGCAGGGAUCUGUCCUGCAACCCCAGAAAUGGUCCUGUGAAGGAAGAGGCCCCUGGAGACCCCUGGAGCCCUUUGGAGCUGCUCUGUCGGAGAGAGAAAGGAUGGAGACACCUCCUUUGGCCAAGGAGGGGAGUGGAAAAGGCCCCGCAGCUGUUCAGCCUGGGAGCUGUGGGGAGAGCUGGACCAGAACCAGGCAAAAGGUCCUGCAGGAGGGAACCCUCCUCCUUUCAGAAGUUCCACCCUGGACCUCCUUCCAAUACCAGGAGGCUGAGGGUCCCCGAGGACUUUGCAGCCGACUCCAUGACUUGUGCAGGCGAUGGCUGAGACCAGGAAAGCACAGCAAAGCACAGAUGCUGGACCUGGUGGUUCUGGAGCGGCUCCUGGCUCUCUUGCCCCCAGAGAUGGAGGGCUGGGUGCGGGAGUGUGGAGCAGAGACCAGCUCCCAGGCGGUGGCCCUGGCGGAAGGCUUCCUCCUGAGCCAGGCGGAGGAGCAGCUCCAGUGGCAGUGCUGCACUGUGGAGAUCAGAGAUGCUGAGGGAAAGAAGAACCCAUCAAAUCCCCCUCAGGAGCUAUUUUUCAGGAGGAUCCCUUGGGAAGAUCAAAGUCAGGACACCUCAAGAGAGAAACAAAGAAUGAAGCUUUCUGGUUUUUAUGAUGGAAAUCAAACAGCGGUUGAACCUCCAAAUAAAGAGAGUCUGGUGUCCUUCGAGGAGGUGGCUGUGUAUUUCUCUGAGGAGGAAUGGUCUCAGCUGGAUCCUGACCAGAAAGCUCUGCAUUCGGAAGUCAUGCUUGAAAACCAUAGGAACGUGGUCUCUUUGGGUAAUAUUGGGCAGGAGAAUCAAGAUUCCUGUGAACUGUUCCAAGUGAUCAAUGCUAAAGAUGGAACGGAAAAGUUUGGAAUUCAAAUAGAAUUCGAAAGCUAUGAGAGAAACCAGUCAAAGAAUUGCAACCAAGAAAGCUCAUCUUCCACUGAUGCUCUGAUGCAAGACUUUCUUGCACAACAAGAGAAAAUAAGGAAAAAAUAUACUGAAAAAAGUAUAAAUCUAAUCAAAGCUAAAGUACAGGUAAAUGAACAGUAUUUAACUCAAAACAUAGGAGAUGAUGCUAUAAAAAGACACAAUGGACAAAAUUAUAAUGGGACAUUCAUUCUUUCUCUUGGGAAUAACUUUCUUACAUCUCAAAAAGUAAUUGACACAAAAAAGAAGCCUUAUAAAUGUUUGGAAUGUGGAAAAUGUUUUAGAACAAGCAGGCAACUUACUAUCCAUAAAAGGAUCCACUUGGGAGUGAAACCAUAUAAAUGCAUGGAGUGUGGAAAGACCUUUGCUCGGAGAGGUCAUCUUAUUUCCCAUAAGAUAAUCCACACAGGGGAGAAGCCAUAUAAAUGCAUGGAGUGUGGAAAAACCUUUGCUCAUAGCAGUACACUUACUUCCCAUGGAAGGAUCCACACAGGGGAGAAGCUGUAUAAAUGCACAGAAUGUGGAAUGACUUUUGCUUAUAGAAGUGGCCUUAGUGGCCACAAAAAGAUCCACACAGGAGAGAAACCAUAUAAAUGCAUAGAGUGUGGAAAGACCUUUACUCAGAGCAGUACACUUACUAUCCAUAAAAGAAUCCACACAGGGGAGAAACCAUAUAAAUGCAUGGAGUGUGGAAAGACCUUUGCUCGGAGAGGUAAUCUUAUUUCACAUAAGAUGAUCCACACAGGGGAGAAGCCGUAUAAAUGCAUGGAGUGUGGAAAGACCUUUACUCAGAGCAGUACACUUACUAUCCAUAAAAGGUUCCACACAGGGGAGAAACCAUAUAAAUGCACCGAGUGUGGAAAGACCUUUGCUCGGAGAGGUCAUCUUAUUUCCCAUAAGAUGAUCCACACAGGGGAGAAGCUGUAUAAAUGCAUAGAGUGUGGAAAGACCUUUGCUCAUAGCAGUACACUUACUUCCCAUGGAAAGAUCCACACAGGGGAGAAGCUGUAUGAAUGCAUAGAGUGUGGAAAGACUUUUGCUCGGAGAGGUCAUCUUAUUUCCCAUAAGAUGAUCCACACAGGGGAGAAGCCAUAUAAAUGCAUGGAGUGUGGAAAGACCUUUGCUCAUAGCAGUACGCUUACUUCCCAUGGAAGGAUCCAUACAGGGGAGAAGCUGUAUAAAUGCAUAGAGUGUGGAAAGACUUUUGCUUAUAGAAGUAAUCUUAUUUCCCAUAAGAUGAUCCACACAGGAGAGAAGCCACUUAAAUGCAUGGAGUGUGGAAAGACCUUUGCUCAGAGCAGUGGCCUUCGAGUGCACAAAAAUAUCCACACAGGAGAGAAACCGUAUAAAUGCAUGGAGUGUGGAAAGACUUUUGCUCAGGACAGUGAUCUUAAAAGGCACAGACGGAUCCACACAGGAGAGAAACCAUAUAAAUGCAUGGAGUGUGGAAAGACUUUUGCUCAGGACAGUGAUCUUAAAAGGCACAGACGGAUCCACACAGGAGAGAAACCAUUUAAAUGCAUGGAGUGUGGAAAGACCUUUGCUCAGGACAGUGUUCUUAAACGGCACAAAAAGAUCCACACAGGAGAGAAACCAUUUAAAUGCAUGGAGUGUGGAAAGACCUUUGCUCAGGACUGUUGUCUUAAAAGGCACAAAAAGAUACAUGCAGGAGAGAAACCAUAUGAAUGCAUGGAGUGUGAAAAGACUUACUCGGAGCAGUAGCCUUAGAAGCCACCAAAAAAAUCCACUCUUUUUUCCCGUAAAAGAAUCCACACAGGGGAGGAGCCAUUUAAUUGCAUGGAAUGUAGAAAGAGUUUUGCUCAGAAUA